CAAAAGCUCCAGUUGCAUUCGGUGGAGACAGGCACUCGUCAAAGCAGAUUUUAAAUCCCAGGGGAGACCACACUGUGUUAGGAAGCCAUACAGGGAGAACAUGCCUGUUAGUGCACAGUCACUGGCCUGCCAGAGCGCCCUGCCUUUGUUACUGGGGCUGAGGCAGAACGUCACCUUCGCCAUCGACACCUCAGAGGGCAUGUACUCCGUGCUGCGCCCCGCCAAAGACCUCCUCCUUCAGACGCUGGCGGCCAAGGCUACACUCCGGGACUCUCUCUUCAACCUCAUUGGCUACUCGCACAAGGUGACAAAGUGGCAUAACCAUAUGGUCACCUGUUGUCCUGACUUGGCCUGUGAGGCACAGGGCUGGAUCCAUGCCCUACACUGCACCCCAGGCAGGAAUCUUCUGGGCGCUCUGUCUGAAGCCUUAGCUGACCCUGCCUGCCAGGUAGUCCACCUACUGACCAACGGCUUGCCGGAUAACCCCCGGGAGCUUUUGCGAGAAGUUCCUCGCAUGGUGAAAACUCGCCGGGUGCACGUCUUUUAUCUGUCUGAUAAGGGCUUUCCAGACGACAGGACACUGGAGUAUCUGCAGUGUCUCUCUCUCUCCACCAGGGGGGGUUGUCAUGUCCUCUCCCUCUGCGCUUCAGCUGCUGUAGAGGUAAAGCAACUAUACUUGAAAGAAAGCUGUCCCACAACGUCAAGAGCCACUGAUGUUAAGUACUGCAGUGCAGGUGGCGUUCAUAACACAGCCCCGUCCUGGGAGUCACACGUGUGUCUGUCUCACCUUCCCCGCAGGUGGAUAUCCCCAGCUUCUACCUGUCACAUGUAUCCCUCUGGCCUGCAGAGGCACCGCCUGAGCAGUCCAGACUUAGCUAUAGGGAGUCGCGUGUUAGCGCAGAGAGAGCUGGACGGAUUUUACUACCUGGGCACAAUAAAAGAAGAAGUACAGGGCAGAAGAGGCAUGUUCUUGGUUGAGUUUGACAGACCGACAUGGAAGGGAGCCACGCGCGAGAGCCUGUCCCUACAGCAUGCCAGUCUGGCUAACAUUGUCCCCCACACGGAGGCGCACCAGCACAGCCUACGCCCCGGGGACAAGGUGUUAGCCCCCAGCGAUGUGGGGCUCAGCCGAUAUGAACCGGGCAGCGUACUCCUUGGGGAGGAGCUCAGGAACCUGCUUGGUGCGAGAAAUAUGAAUGGUCUCCAGGUGUUGUUCUGGAAUGGACGGCAAGCCACGGUGCCAGGGGAUCUGGGGGUGUGGAUUUCGCCUUCCCUGUACGAGCGGAUUGUGAGAGAACUGCAGUGGUCCCCGCCAGGAAUCCCGAGAAGGUGUUUCCCAGGACAGUGUCACCACGGUGACAUGUGUCACCCACCCUGGCCGUCUCGCAACUUUAGCUGCAGCCUGGGUUGCCCCUUGCCUGCUUCCCCAUUCAGCUGCUCAUGCAGGCAGUGGAGGCCCCUUCCCUUGUCCACGUGUCAUGUGAUCAGCCUCAGAGAUGAAGAAGAGGAAAGACCCUGGGAGGACCUGGAGAGGAAGGUGGACUUCCAACUGAAGGAGCUUCAGGAGGAGAGGAAAAUUCCUUCCUCCUCCUCUUCACACUCAUCUGGGGGCAACAGUGAUGCUUCAGAUGGAGCUUUAAAGUCUUCUGGAGUGGAGAUGAUGAGCCAGGCGACCAACACUGACCUGUGUCUCCUGCACAAGCCAAGUUCAGCAUCACUAGGACGACCUCAGUGGAAGUACUGGAGAAGAAGUCAGACUGAACCCCAGCACAAGCUGUCCAGUGGCCCUGUGCACAAAAGCCUGGUGAAGAAAACUUUCAGUGCAAAUCGAAAGUCCGAGAAUGGAACGGACGGCUCGACCAAUCACAGCUCGCUUUUUCAACCAGUUCCAGUUUCUGGAGGAACAAGAACCACGGUUAAGGAUGCGCUAGGUCAGAGUGACAUCGCAGAGUGCGGCUUCAGCUAGCCAGCACUGCUAAAACUGUUUGUGUUGGACAAUGGUGAGAUCUAAUCAGCUGACUGAAACUGGCAAACGUGAUUGUGCUGCUAUUGCCAGAUGUUUCUUUAUCGCAUUAAAGUUUUCAGUCUCAGAGUCGGGAUUGUUUUUUUAACUCAUGUAUAAGGUUUUUUGAAUGAAUAAGCAUGUCAGAAGUCAGUAAGACAGUAAGGUUUUGAAAUUGUAUUGUUCUCAUUCAGGGAUUAAUACAAUUAAUUUCACAUCAUAUCUUUUGUAAAAAAUAUGUCUGCCUAUUGUAUAUUAAUAUCUGCUAAAUAUUAGACUUCUGUGUAAUGUUAUCCAGACCAGCGAAUAAAAUGUUUCUUUUCAGGCUCCAGUAA